GCUCUCUCCCGGAAGUGCUUUCUGGACUACGCGUCCCGACGGGCCCUGCGCUGCUCCCCCCUCCCGGGCCGCGGGGAUUUCCCGGCCCGGCGGCGCUGGGCCCGUGGUGGCGGGGCCCUGAGCGCGGCCCGGCUGAUGGCGGCCGCGGGGGCCGCGCCGUCCGGCGAUGCGAAGCGGGCGGAGGGAGACGAGUGGUACGACAGCGGGCUGGGCUCGUUGGGAGAGGGGCAGUUGGCGCCGCUGCCCCACAGCCCCGGUCCGGGCCCGGAGUCUCCCGAGGAGGCCCCUGCGGCGGCCCCCGAGCCCGAGGCUGAGCUGUGGCUGCGGCACGUGCUGAGCUUCGUCAGCGAGGACGGCGACACAGCGCUGCACCUCGCGGUCAUCCACGAGCACGAGGCCUUCCUGGACUCCAUCCUACAGCGCACAGCGGGCACUGCCUACAUGGAUCUGCAGAACGACCUCGGGCAGACUGCCCUGCACCUGGCUGUCAUCCUGGGGCUGCCCGGCUUUGUGCGCAAGCUGCGGGCGGCGGGCGCAGGGCUGGGGCUGCAGGAGCGCGGGGGGCACACAGCCCUGCACCUCGCAUGUCGGGAGGGGCAGCCCCACUGCGCCCAGCACCUCCUGGGGGGCCUCCGCUGCCCCCUCAGCGAGGAAGAGCGUGCACAGCUGGAGAGUGUCAACUAUGAUGGUUACACCCCCUUGCACGUUGCCAUUCUGCGGAAGGACGUGGAAUUGGUACAGCUGCUGUUGCGUGCCGGGGCCGACUCCAACAAAGCGGAGCCGAGCUGUGGCCGCAGCCCCCUGCACCUGGCGGUGGAAGCACAGAGCCCGGAGAUGGCGGAGCUGCUGCUGCGGGCGGGCGCUGACCCAGCAGCGCGGGGCUAUGGGGGUCGCACCCCCCUCUACAGCGCCCGGCACCGCCCCGACCCCCGGCUGCCCCAACUGCUGCGUGCCUUUGGGGCCUCUGACAGCUCCGGUGACUCCGAGGACAGUGAGGAGGACGAGGACAGCGAGGAUAACAGCAGUGGUGAGGAAUACGACGACAUUGUCAUCAACAGCGGUCGCUGUGCGGACUGAGGGGACACCCCUGGACCUGCAGCCACCCCCCCCUAUUUAUCGGGGUCCCCUGAAGGCAUGGGCUGGACUUUGGGGGGCUCUCUGUGCCCCCACUUCUUUUCUUUUUCCCUGGGUAUAGCGUAGAGAAUUUAUAUAAGUUGUUUUAAAAUAAAAGGGGGGCAGUUCCCCCCUCAAUUGCCCCCACCCCAAA